AUGCGUUCUUUUGUAUUGCUCGCUUGUUUGGCAACAAUUGCCGCCGUCAGUGCUGCGCCACAAUUCGGUUACGGUUAUGGCGCCCAGCCAGCCGCCAGCAGUUUCGUGCCUUCAACACGUGGUGGCGAGAAGUAUUUACCGCCCGCCACAACAACACCAGCACCCAGCGUGCACAAGCAAUUCUACUUGAUUUCGGCGCCGGAAGACACUGAGGGCGCUGGCAAGCCAAAACACCUGGUCAUCGGACGUCCACAGAAGAACUAUCGUGUCGUCUUCAUUAAGGCACCAAAUUCUGAUAACGACAACCGCAAAUUGUCAGCCGAAUUCGCGCCACAAGAGGAGAAGACCGUCAUUUAUGUGCUCAGCAAAAAGGAUAAUGAACUCACCGCCAAUGACUUCGCCACACCAGCACCAACGGUGCCCAGCAAACCCGAAGUAUUCUUCAUCAAAUACAAGACACCCGAGGAAGCUGAGGCAGCACAGAAAGAAAUUCAAGACCAAUACGACCAAUUGGGCGGCACUAAGGAAUUCUCUGAUGAAGGCACCGCCCCUGUGGCUUCGGUUAUCGGCUCUUUGGACGGUAUUGCUCCCGAUGGCAGCUACAACUACAGAGCCAUUGCUGCCCCACCAGAGGAACUCGGUAGCGCAUCCUCACCACUUAGCCAAUACCUGCCUGCUGCGGCGCGUCUGUAA